CGGCUUUUUCACUUCACGUGCAGUCCUGAGGAGAUUGUUUGUCCUGCGCUUUGCUUCCCURUCUGUGCGCAGCGAGAAGAGCAGUGAUGUGCUGCUAGAUUCAAAAACUUAGAAUGGCAGGAGAACAGAAGCCAUCCUGCAAUCUUCUUGAACAGUUUAUUUUACUAGCCAAAGGCACGAGUGGCUCAGCUCUGACUGCCCUUAUAAACCAAGUGCUGGAGGCUCCUGGUGUUUAUGUCUUCGGAGAGCUGCUGGAGUUAACAAACGUGCAAGAGCUUGCUGAAGGGCCUAAUGCUGCUUAUUUCCAGUUGCUGAGUCUGUUUGCAUAUGGAACAUACCCAGACUAUGUAGCAAACAAAGAUAACCUACCUGAAUUGACAGUGACUCAGAAAAACAAGUUGAAACAYUUGACGAUUGUAAGCCUAGCUUCCAGAAUGAAGUGUAUUCCCUACUCUGUGUUGCUGAAGGACCUGGACAUGAGGAAUCUGAGGGAGCUGGAAGAUCUCAUUAUUGAAGCAGUUUAUACAGAUAUUAUCCAGGGGAAGCUGGAUCAGCGCAACCAGGUGCUAGAGGUUGAUUUUUGUAUCGGCAGAGACAUUCAGAAGAAGGACAUCAGUAACAUUGUCAAAACGCUGCAGGAAUGGUGUGAUGGUUGUGAGGCGGUUCUUUUAGGAAUUGAGCAGCAAGUACUUAGAGCCAACCAAUACAAGGAGAACCACCACCGAACUCAGCAACAGGUAGAGAUAGAGGUCACAAACAUAAAGAAAACAUUAAAAGCCACCGCCUCGUCGUCGGCGCAGGAGAUGGAGCAGCAGCUGGUAGAACGAGAGUGCCCUCCACAUGCAGAACAAAGGCAGCCCACAAAGAAGAUGUCCAAAGUCAAAGGGCUGGUCUCCAGCCGUCACUAGAACCUACCAUCUGAAUGCCAUUCAGCUAGGAAUGGCAGCCAGAGGAGCAGAAAAGGGCCUGUGUCUCCUUUUUCAGUUGGUCCUGGGCCAGUCCCUUCCAGGCUGGCAAAUAAACGCCCAGUUUGAGUACAGCUCCCAGUUAGCAGCACCUGGCGAAGUUACACUGUGCAGACCCUACUUGUUUCCAGGAUGUUUUCCUGGUCCUUUGAAGAGGGACUUCUAAAGAGAAGGACUAACCAAAGGGGCAGAAAAAGGAAUCUGUGGACAGUUUUACUCCCUCCCAGCCGCUCUCACUGCUGCUCAACCYUGAGGAAGCUGCUCUACUAAAUGAGAUCUCGGGAGAAGUUCUAUAGCACACAUCUGAAUUCCAGGGCUGAAGUGUGGCUACCAAAGCCAGGGCUGGGAGUGAGGAAGCCAUCGACACAGAUCUUUCCAUUCCCAAAGGGAGCACGGGAAGGUUUCUAGGCCAGGAACUGCUUUCCAUGGAAGUCUUCAGCCUUUCUGCUACCCCUGUCUAUUUGAAACUGGGGUGAAAUUCACACUACCUCGCUCUGUGAAGAUGAGAUCCAGUGCUGGGCUGUUUACUCAACUGUCUGUUUACUGCCCUUACUAAGCCCUUUAAUCUCUCACAGAUUGAAAGCACUGCUCGGCGUCUCGGAGGCAUCAGCACAAGGAGGAGGAAGCGGCUGCUCUCUCAAGCCUCCCUUCUUACAGGUAGACGGGGGCCUCGUGGCAAUGGUCUUCCUUCCAAAAGUGAUGUGGUCUCUGAGAGCUGCUGUGAGCUGUUCCCCCACGAGUGCCGCUCCAGGGUGACACUUUUGCUUUCCCUUGGAUGCUAGCGACAGCGGUCGGCAUCGGAGAAGGGCCCGUUUAGUGCGUGGCAGCCUGGUGGCCCAGGACCCACUGGCAGGGGUCACAGCAGCAUCCCCUUGCUGAAGCAAUGGACUUGACUAGUCUUUCUGAUUUUUGAACACUUUCAGGUUGUAUUUUCCUCCCCCUUUUUUUGUACAUUGUUGUGAUUCUAAAGCAUUUCAGCCUUUGUUUUGUGUUCUUUUUUUAUUUGUUACGGACUAACUUCAGGUGAUUUGCACCGAGUUUGGCAAGGUGUGGAUUUUUUUUUAAGGGGGGAUGGGA